AUGCACCCCUCUGAUCAAGUUCUUAAAGCUUGUCCAUCUGCUCCAGCAGUGCCUCAGCAGUGUCUUGUGAUCGCUAACACUAGUGUCUGAGCUGAAAGGACAGAUUUACACUGUGGUCUGUACCACACACAAGGCCAUGAGCACCUUUGGCUACCGCCGGGAGCUGAGCAAGUACGAGGAGUUGGAUGAAGAUGAGCUGCUUGCCUCAUUGACAGCAGAAGAGCUCCAGGAACUGGAAAAGGAGCUGGCUGAUAUUGAGCCAGAUGACAAAGUCCCUAUCGGACUAAGGCAGAGGGACCAGACAGUUAAAACCCCAACUGGUACAUUUAGCCGAGAGGCUCUUUUAAAAUACUGGGAGAAAGAGACACAACAGAUUCUUGAAAAUGAAAGGAUUGGUUCGUCAAGCCCCCAGUUUUGCUGUGGAUUCCAGGCUGGUGAAAAUAAUGAAAAAGUGAAUAUGACAGAAAACACCAGCGAGGAAUCGGAAGAUGAGGAAGAAGCUGAGGAUGAGAAGGAAAAGGAUGUUUGUGUGAACGAUGAUGAUGAUGAAGAUAAUGAAGAGAAGAGUGAAUUAGAGGAGCCAAUUACUGAGGAGGAGGAGGAGGAGGAGGAGGAGGAGGAGGAAGAAGAGGAAGAAGAGGAGGAGGAGGAGGAUAAAGAGGAAGAAGAGGAGGAGGAGGAAGAAAAACAGAUAAGAAAGCCAGAAAAUAACCCCAAAAAGGAGAGUGUUCAGGAGAAACAUCCUCCUCUGCAAAACAUGUACAAUGGUCACUCAAGCAUCAAGCCAGAAGACCCUGUGAGGAGAAAUUCACCACAGGAGUCAAACCAGUUGUCAGGAAACCCCACCGUCCUGGAUGAGGCUCUGGAAAAGAUCCUGUGUGAUGACCCUGACACCACUGAAGUCAAUCUCAACAAUAUUGAUAACAUCUCCCAGGAGAACCUGAUCCGCUUUGCAGAAGCCCUGCGCUCCAACACGCAUGUAAGGUCUUUUAGUCUGGCCAACACUCGUGCUGAUGAUCCAGUAGCGUUUGCAAUUGCCAAAAUGCUGAAGGAGAACUGUCACAUUAUAAAUGUAAACACUGAGUCUAACUACAUCACAGGAAAGGGUAUCCUAGCCCUGGUGCAAGCGCUUACACACAAUAACACACUAACAGAGCUACGCUUCCACAACCAGCGCCAUAUCUGUGGAGGUCAGGUAGAGAUGGAGAUGGUGAAACUGUUGAGAGAGAACACCACCCUGCUCAAGCUUGGCUACCAGUUUGACCUUGCUGGCCCUCGAAUGAGCAUGACUAGCAUUCUCACUCGCAAUCAAGAUUUUCAAAGGCAGAAGAGAAUGCAAGAACUGCGUCAGCAGCAAGGAGGUGCCUCGACUCCUAUUAACCCACGCACAAGUGUGCUUCAGAAGAGCACACCAACCUCUUCUCCAUACGGGUCUCCUCGGAGUUCACCAUGGUCCUCUCCAAAGCUGCCACGUAAUGAUGUGAUAAAACGGCAUCCUCAACCAACUCUUCUACCACCUCCCCCACCUCCUCCACCCCCUCCACCCCCUCCACCCCCUCCACCACCACCUCCUCCCAAACCCCAGAGCAUCACUGAGAAAAGAGGUCCAACCAGAAUGAUCGCAGAAGUGAUCAAACUUCAAGAAGCAAGUGCCAAAAAGCAGCAGGACCAGGGCAAAGGCAAGUGUAAGUCUAAAAAAGGGAAGAAAAGGGUUCCUAAGGAAAACGGAACUGAAAGCAUCCUCAAGGAGCUGAAAAAUGCUCUGAGACCUAUCGCAGACAGAGACAGUUCCAGACCCUCGACGCCGAUGCGGUCGGCUCAUGAUGAACUCAUGGCUGCUAUCCGAGCAAGCAGCAUCAAAUCGCUCAAACGGGUGGAAGUUCCUCAAUACCUUCGGUAAGAAAGAAAGAAAGAAAGAAAGAUAGGAUGGUCGGAUGGAUGCCACACGUCAUCUCCAAGGAUCCUUUCCACAGCACUAUGUUCAUACGAAAUACUUUAUAAUAAAUUUGCAAAGGGAGUGCAAACUUCAUCACGAUCCUGUAACAUCUAUAAGUGUGAACUGGGCCGUGUUGAGGGUUAAUUUAACUUUAGACAGAUGCUGCAAUGUCCAUUGGAGCUGUAUUAAUUCCAAGGCCCCUGGUUUGGUCCUGAUUUGAUCUGGGUUACUGUAUGUAUGGAGUUUUGAAUAUACUCCUGAUGUCUGCAUGGGUUAUCUCCAGGUUCUCUGGUUUCCUUCUAAAAAACAUACCACUAGGCGAUUUGGUUGUUUGCUAAAUUGCCCUUUUGUGUGAAUGAGUGUGUGUGAGACAUACACCCCAUCCAGGGUUUAUUCCUGUCUCAUACCUACAACAGGCUCUGGAUCCACUGUGACCUUAAAGUGUUUAUAGAAGAUGAAGGAUGAAUGGAGGUUAUGUCAAGAACAUCAGCUUUAAAUUUCUGUUGGAGAAUGUUUUGAAAUAAAUGAAUCAGAAAAUAAUCAUAAUUUAAGAUUAUGGCAAGUAAGAUUAUUAGCAAUAAUAGAUACGUGGAUGGAAAAGGAACCAUUUAAAGUAAAAAAAAAAAACCCAUUAAGAUAAAGAACAUUUUCUGGAAAGCUUCAUUUUUGAGUCAAUUACUCUCACAGAUCACUGCGUACGACUUUUGAACUAUACUUUGUUCUAACUACUUAGUAGACAUCCUAUAAAUUACUUUACGAUUAUUAUGAGAUUCAAAUAUUUUUGGAUAAGGGAAGCAAUAGACGAAACCAUAAAUAGUUGCAGUUCCUUCGUAUUUUGACACGAAUAACAGUAACAGUUUUUAAUUGUUUUGCAUGAAGGCUUGUCUUUACAUACACUGAUAAAAAAACAAAAUAAUACUGUAGUUCCUAAAAGUAAUUUAUAUUUCUCGGGUGAUUUAUUCUUUUUUUUUUUGGAUUAUUCUCUGUAUAAAUGUAAAUAUUUGAUUUGAUGUGGAAAAUUAAACCUUUACCUGUCAAUUUACUUUCUUUCCUUCUCUUCUUGUUUUUUUUUACAGUAAUAUCUGUUUCGGAGUAAAUCCGAUGCCCAAGAAUGACCAGCACUUUCAUGUGAAUAUUGUUCUAAAUGUUCCCUGUGUUUUAUUUCAACUGGCCCAAAGGAGAUUAGCCUUCCCUGACUAAAAUUAUACCACAAAUGAUUGCUAAAAUUAACAGUAUCACAGUAA